AUGGAUGUCGCUCUGGAACUCCUGGAUCCUCUUGUCCUGGACAAAGCCUACGCAUGGGCUCUCCCCUCGCCCGGCUUCAGCGUAGCCAAUUCUUCGUUUUCAGACUUUUCGGCCGCUAGCACAGCGCCUGCGUCCCAAUGGCCACGCGACAACAUUUACCGUCAGAUUAUAUCGAUUCUCGUCAUUACUCAGCUCGGCGCAACUUCUCUCUACCUCUUUUUCAGCUCUCUGUCCUACUACACUGUCUUUGAUCGCCGGCUCGAGUACCACCCACGCUUCUUGAAGAACCAAGUCUCCCAAGAGAUCAAAUCAUCGCUCUUCGCCAUCCCCUUCAUCAACCUUUGUACCCUGCCUAUUUUCCUCGCUGAAGUGCGCGGCCACAGCUUGAUCUAUACCAACACAAGCGAAUAUGGCUGGCCCUGGCUGGUGGCUUCAGCCGCUCUGUACAUGGCUUUCAAUGAUUUUGCCAUCUACUGGAUUCAUCGCCUAGAACAUCACCCCAGCGUGUACAAGUACAUCCACAAGCCACACCACAAAUGGAUUGUUCCUACACCAUGGGCUGCGCUAGCGUUCCACCCGCUUGAUGGGUUCGUUCAGUCAUUGCCAUACCACAUCUUUGUUUUCAUCUGUCCAAUGCAGAGACAUCUGUACAUGGUUCUCUUUGUUGCUGUCCAGAUCUGGACAAUCUUCAUUCACGAUGGCGAUAUGAUUACCGGCCAUUGGACAGAGAAGUGGCUCAACAGCCCCGCCCAUCACACUUUGCAUCACAUGUACUUCACAGUCAACUACGGACAGUACUUCACAUGGGCCGACACCUACUUCGGCUCUCACAGGGCACCACAGCCAGAGUUGGACCCUAUUCACGAUGCGCUCAAGGUUAUGCGUGCGAAGGGCCUAGUGGAUGAGCAGGGCAACCCCAUCAAGCACGCCAAGAAAGAGUAG